UAAUGAGAUUUGUUGAGAUCUUUGGUUAGUCCGAGCAUAUCGCUAUAUGAGUUCUGGAAUUAAACCAUUCUGCUUAUCGUGAUUGAUUACGUAUCCGAGUUUUUUGAAUUUGGUUGCCGAAAUUUUAGGUACACUUCAUAGCUCCUGAGCUUGACAUGUGUCAGAGGAAGCAGGACAAACUUUGUUAUUUCUAUAUCUCGGUAAUGUCUUGUGGUGUGUAAUAGAGUAUCCUAGCUCCUAAACCCGUUCUAAUUCAUUUGAAGAAUGUGAAAAAUUUUGUUAUUAAUUAUAUUUUAAAUGUUACCUAAUUUCAUGCACUCUUAAAUUGAUUGAUGUGAAACGUGGCAUGAAUUUUGAUGAAUUUUUUAUUAUUUGAUCAAUUUAUAUUUUGAAUAUUUUUUUUGGAUGAUUCAUAUUGAAGGUACGGUUAAAUAUACACAACCGUGAUUUUUCACUAUUAUUUUAAAGGUUUGUUCUUUUUUCUAAGUUGAUACUUGUGAAAGUUUCAAAGAGAAAAAAAAAAGUUUAACUUCUCUUUUGUCCCAAGUCAAAAGAUAAGUUUUGGAUUCUGUGAUUAUUUUUUUUUUUUUGGGUUUUCCUUAGUGGUAGGAUAACGGGAAAGUCAAAAGUAGAUAUUGAUAAAAGUGACCCCUAUUCUUGGAUAGACAAAAGUGUCAAGAGUCAUGUGUCUCGUUUUAACAAUGUCGAAUCUAUAAAGGUGAUAGGUUCAGAUGUUUGGGUCAGAAAAGGUAAUCAUUCACAUAGAGGUGUUCCUGUGUGGGGAGAAUGACCGUGUGUGUGUGAGAAGUUGAGCAAUUGGCCUUACUUUUAUUUGUAUGGUUGUUUGUUGACGAAGUUAGGUGUUAGAUUGCAUUAUCAGAUUUUCCAUGUGGGAUUUUGUAUUGGUUGAAUUGUGCUCUAACACAGUUGCAUCUGAACUCCGGGGGCUUUGUCAGGGCUUUCGAGAUAUUGACGGAGUUGCUGGAGCAAAACCUCCGUCUUUGAGACUAUUUUUUUUGCUUUUUUAGGCGAAAGGAGUUGGUAGUGGCUUGUGGGUGAACCUAAGUAGUCGCCCUGAUAGAUCAAUUUUUAUGCUGUAUAAAUCAUCGUUUAAGGAUUUCAAAAUUAUGUUUGUUAAGAUCAGGAGUGCUUUAGACGAAUUUUCUUUUUAUUUGAAUGAAUACCUGGAAGAGAGAUUCCCUCUCACAUGGUCCCCUGAGCCUCUACAGGUAUUAGAUGUCAAGGAUAGAUGUUCUGAUGAUGAUAUAAUUAUGAAACUUUUAAUUGAUGGGAUGGAAUCCAAAGAGGUAUUAUCUGUUGUUGAGUUAUUAAAAUGGGAUGUGGAUAAGCAAGUUGUUUCAGACUAUUUAGGUAACUGUAGUUUUGGUAAGAACGUUCUUGUUUUUCUAAAUGUGUGUACUAAUUAUAGCUUGGCUACUUUGUGGUAAGGGAGAAGGCUUCGACAAUAACCACAGCUAGUCUCAACUCAUUUUUUAGCCAGAGGAAGAAAAAUGAAAAAGAGGGGUCAACAACAAAUACGAACAAGGACACUGGUAUGGGUGUCGUUUAGUCUGAGCUAAAAUCAAGACUAAAACGAAAGAGAGGGUAGCCAGUGAUUAAAGGAAAGGCGGCCGAAGUCAUCGAUUUGAAGGACGAGGAUGAUGUUACUUUACAAUUGGUGGAGUCGACCUAUGAAUCGCAGAAAAGGCUGCAUGAAUACCUUGAAGAUGUUCAUGCGAAGUCUCUUUGGUCUAAGUUGUUUCCCUUUUCGGAUCUUGCCGACCAAUUCAGCCAAUUUCAUGAUGAUAUUAAAAUGAUUAACGAAAUUGGCCAUAUAGGGGCUAGCUGUUUUCUGCAGGUUAUUGGUGCUCGCCUUGUGUCAAUUGGAUGUACACAAGAGGUGUCUUUUGAAAUGGAGAAGAAGGAUACUGCAACCAUUGAGGAGCUAACGAAGUUUGCGAAUGAAAAAGAACAAAAGGUGAUUGAACUUUCUUCCUCUCUGAAGCAAAAGAAUGCGGAGCUUGCUGGUGUAAAAAGUCUCCAAUUGUCCACGGAGGAAGAAUUGAAAAAAUUGAAAGUGGAGAAUCAGCAGUUGGGUGCUCGGGUAAAGGAGUUAGAGACCGAGUUAUAUAAGGCUGAUGAUCGAGAUUUAUUGUGUCGGUCUAGAAUUUUUUCUUAUAGAAAUAAUAACUUCGUUGUAAGCAUAGUUCUAAACCAACAAACAAUUCCCACAUCAAAAAUUUGAGUUGUCACAA